AUGACACAAAUAGUUAAUAUACCACCAAAUUGGCAAUCAAAGAUAUUUACAGUCCCAUAUGGAGUAACUACGAUAUAUCAUGCAGCAACUGAUUGUUUACAAAAUAUUGAGCAAUUAAUAUUUCCUCAAACAAUAUCUCAUAUAGCAGGCAUUUUAUAUCGUCCAAAAUCAAUCAAAAAUCUCUUUAUCUAUAGAGGUGAAAAUUCACCAGAAUCAAUCAUAUGGGAUAACACAAAAUAUGACUUUGCAGAUUCUCCUGUUCAAAAGAAUGAUAUCAAAUAUGUUUAUUCUAAUGUAUAUUCAACUUCUUUCGAAGAAAAUAAAACAGCAGUUGUCUCGACAACAAAUAAUAACAACAAAUAUGAAUAUUCAGAUAAUAUCCUCAGUCAUGAUACGAACAUCAACACAAUCAUAUAUCCUAAAUCUGUUGACAAAAUAUCAUCUUCUUGUUUCAAACCAAUGAGUCAUAACAGUUUUUAUAUUCAAGACUUCACUGGUUACACAACAAUCACUAUCAAAAACCAUCUCUACACUACAUAUUGUUCUAAUUAUCUUUCCAUUCACUUUUCACUAUCAUUCAUUCUUCAUUUAUAG